GUAACUCGUCGAAUCAGGACAUGCACGUGUUGGUGUUGGCGCACUAUUGUUGACCCCGUAGGCCUAUUUUUAGAACUAAGAGUAUUAUCGUGCAAGCGUUCCCUUGUUCAGCACAUUCGAGUCAGAGAAGUGGAAGUCAUAUUCCGAAUACUAGAGUAAGUAGAAUUCGAGGAUGGCGAAAAAAAAAUCGAAAACGAGAAAAAAAGCCGCGAAGAAGAAAACCGCUGGCGAUGCUGCUCACCAGCAAGCGGGAGUUUCGUCUGCGGGCGCCAUCGUGUCGAAAAAAAGCGACCAACAGGGUCUACUGCUCCGUGAACAGGAGAAAAUUUCUCCGGUCACUGCUACACCAGCAACAGGGACAAGAACAGACACGCGAGCUUUUUCGUCGCAAUUAUGUGCUGACCAGGCCAAAGAUUUUUUGUGGGGAAUCUGUGACCAGUUCUUCAACGUCGCGACUUUUUGUGGGGAAUCUGCGACCAAGAACCAGGAGCAGGCACAGCAAGGCGAUAAAGCAAAUGCGCCGGAAUUUCUGAAUCGCAUUGCUCCAUCACCGAGCGAAGGUGCCAAUGGUCCGGCAGCUGUAAAAAACGUCAUUGAUGAUGACCUCUUCGACCGCGCGCACUACAUGCUUUUCGCCAAUACUUCUAGCACGACGACGGGAACUACAGGCACUUCUAUCACGGACGAACUAAACGUAAAAGAUGCUGAUCCACCUGGAGGUGUCGCAAGAACGGCAGCCGCUGCAACGCAUGCUACAUCAACCCUAAAGAUGACGAAGACCACCGAAAGAACUCUUUCCCCCCCAGCAGCUCCCACCCUCUCUCCCAACCUUCCCAUCGGCCACUCCUGGUGGAAGCCGGUGGAUAUCAAAUGCAAAAAUGUCUGGGUCUGCAAGAAUGCAAGUCCAAAAAUGUCAUGCUUGUCUGGCAUGACUUUUUCUUUUAAAUCUGUGAUGCAUGAGCAGGAAAAGGGCCUAUUGCCUGUCAUGCAAAAACGCAGUUUGUCAUUCAAAAAACGAAACACACAGCAGCGCAAAAACAAAAACUUGUCAUGCCGGGUUGCAUAUUGUAGUGCGCCCACAAUUCGUAGAUUUGCGUCACAAGUUUCCAGACCCAGGCAUAAGUAUUUGGAAUGCAUAGUGGAUGCACCAGCGACAAACCCCUGCGAAGAGCUUGCGGACAAGGUGUUCUCUUAUUGGAAACAGCAUCUCAAGCUAGAUGACACUGUGUUUCAACAUGAUGCGCCGACGGCUUCAACAACAGCGUCCACCACUCAACUACCAGAAGAUGUGUUGGGCGUCGAGUGGUGGAUCCAAGUGGCGGAUUCGAGAAAACGCCAAGGGAAAGAUUUUCAUUGGGACCGGGAUGAGGCGCAAGAAUUUUUUGAGAAUAAUCGAGGAGCCCGGGGGAAGAUGAACAGCGACGAUAAACAACAAACCGACUGCCCCUUCCUGGCCACCGUCACCUACCUUUCCGAGCCGAACCGCAAGACGAACAGCUUUGCGCCCACUAUCGUGCUGAAUGCCGUGCCCUUUGAUCACUUUUUAUCGGGAGCAGCUACAAGUUGUACUAGCCCCAGCAACAGCUCAACACAGAACAAGAACGCGGAUGAUGGGAACGGCAACGGCAUCGACGGGAGUAUUGAUGUCGUUAACCAGGAGAAAAUAAAUCAGGAUGAGAGCACAACGAAAAGAACCCUUUCUACUACGCAACAAGGCGUCUCGAAAGGCCUGAUUUCGUACCCGCGAAAAGGAAAACACAUCGCCUUCUCCGGAAAUUUUUUGCACGGUAUUCCAGCCGAAUUUGCUGUGAAAGAACCUGCACAUGCCACCGGCGGUGGUCGCGCUCUGAAAAAAACCAAGAUUGGAAAUAAAAAGUUUGGAUCAGGAGCAAGGAAGACAGAUCUGAAAAACGUUGGCCGCUCUGGUGCGCCGAAAAAUCCGUCCUUGGACCGCGAUCCCCCCAGAGUGACGUUUCUCGCGAACCUGUGGCUGGGCCGGCGACCAAGGGAUGUCCCGACGUUUGGCGAGUGGAAACAAGAACGGGAUGCUGUACCAAAUGUAAAAAUGUCUGGGUCUGGAAACUUGUGAUGCUGGGUAGCGUCUCAUGAUGAGGCCACAAGUGCUGGCUCAGCAUGACAAGUUUCUGAGCUUCUAGGUGUUGCCUAUUCUGCAUGACAAACUGCGUUUCUGCAUCAAAGAAAAAUGGAGCUCUUGGGUAACGUGCAUGACAGAUUUAAGAGUCAUGCCAGACAAGCAUGACAAACAUACAUUCUUCCAGACCCAGACAUUUUUACAGUUGAUAUGCUGACCUCUGGCUGGGCCGGCGACCAAGCGGAGUCCCGACGUUUGACGAAUGGAAAGAAGAAGAACGGGAUGCUGACAGAAUAAACAUUUUCGACGCUGAUGCGCGACAUGGACAUGCGAUAAAUCCACUUGACUGUAAUACCAAGGAGCUAGAUGAUGGCCAGCGACAGGAACGUCCUCGUCCUGCUCAGCCACGUGCAAAGGCGAACCCACCUGCUCCGCCCACCAAUUUCUUUCGAAACAUUGUUGACAGCAGAAGUUGCUCUUCCUCUUGUGCGCCAGGGGGUGCCGGCAAGAACAGUUGUACAAUCGCCGAGCCCGAGGCCCCCGCAUUGAUAACGGCGCCCAUUAAAGAACGCACCUCUGGCAGCAGUUGUGACGCCGCUGAUAGAAAUUCAUCCAUAUUCAACGUGAAACUCACAGAAGCAGACGUCAGGGACGCGGCAGGGUUUCCGUUUGUGCACUCGAAACGAUUGAAGAAGAUGAAAAAGCGGGAAACGAGGAAUAUGAAGAAAAAGAGAAAACUUACAAACGACAAUCAUGACCGUGACGAAACCGAUGAACAACAGGAUACCUCCGUCGACCCAGCUCUACAUCACGACGAAAAUUACUGCCUGUGGCUCCCAUUUCCGAAGAAGAAAAUCUUGACGGCACAAGAUUCUCUACAUGUGGAUUUCGAGCUUUUCGACACGCCGAUGAUGACGAAAACGAAUACAACAUGCGAGAAGAUCGAGGAGAUCGAUAAAAAUGCGACCACAACAACUACCGACGAGAUAACGUGUAAUAUUACAACUUCUGAUGCUGACGAUGACGAAGAUUGUCCACCGAUACAUCACUGCUUCAUUGAGCGACAAUGACCGACAACACGAUAAUUAUCACACACAUAACAAAAGAAUGUUUCCGAAGAAAAACAACAGAAUGCUUCCGGUGUAGAAGGACUCAAACUCAUAAAU